CAACCGACAAUGGCAAAAGCAAAACCUUGUUUGGCUUAUCUCUCUGCCGUUUUUCUUCUUCUAUCUGUUUCCACUUCGUUGUCGGCACCAGCACCAGCACCAGCACCAGCUUCGUCACUCUACGACACAUUCCUUCAAUGCCUCACGCAACACACAAACUCCUCAACCCAACUCUCCAACAUUCUCUUCGAUCAGACCAACCCCAGUUUCCCCUCCGUCCUCCAAAACUACAUCCGAAACGCGCGUUUCAACACCUCCUCCACGCGGAAACCCUUACUCAUCGUCACUCCCCUCACAGAAUCGCACGUCCAGGGUGCUGUAACAUGCGCCAAAACCGUCAACAUUCAACUCAAAAUCCGAAGCGGAGGACAUGAUUACGAGGGUAUCUCCUACAUCUCCGAAGAACCCUUCAUGAUCCUCGACAUGUUCAACCUUCGCGCAAUCACCGUCGACAUAGAAAACGAGGUUGCCGUGGUCCAAACUGGUGCCACGCUUGGCGAGGUUUAUUAUAGAAUCUGGGAGAAGAGUAAAGUUCAUGGCUUCCCUGCUGGGGUGUGUCCCACUGUUGGUGUGGGUGGCCAUAUCAGUGGAGGAGGGUACGGUAACAUGUUGAGAAAAUAUGGUUUAUCUGUUGAUAACGUCAUCGAUGCUGAAAUGGUUGAUGUCAAAGGAAAUCUUCUAAACAGAAAAUCCAUGGGGGAGGAUCUCUUCUGGGCUAUUAGAGGAGGUGGAGGAGGCAGUUUUGGUGUCAUAGUGUCUUUCACUAUCAAACUAGUUCCCGUGCCCGAAACGGUUACCGUUUUUCGCGUUGAGAAGACUUUGGAAACGAAUGUCACCGCCACCGACCUCGUCGUGCAGUGGCAGCAGGUGGCGCCGACCACCGACGAGAGGCUUUUCAUGAGGCUGUUAUUGCAGCCGGUGAGUUCCAAGGUUGUGAAGGGGACCAAAACGAUUAGAGCCUCGGUUGUGGCGUUGUUCCUCGGAGAGGCUAAUGAGGUUGUGUCGAUUUUGGAGAAGGAGUUUCCUCUCCUUGGGUUGAAGAAGGAGAAUUGUACUGAGGGGAGUUGGAUUGAUUCCGUUCUUUGGUGGAACGAUGACGAGAGUCUCAAAAAUGGUGAUAAGCCUGAGACGCUGUUGGAUCGGAAUCUGAACUCCGCUGGUUUUCUUAAAAGAAAAUCUGAUUACGUUCAGAACGCUAUUUCACGAGACGGGUUGGAGUGGUUAUGGAAGAGGAUGAUCGAGUUGGGGAAAACGGGGCUUGUGUUUAACCCCUAUGGAGGGAAAAUGGGCGAGAUUGCUUCCGAUGCGACGCCGUUUCCUCACCGUAAGGGGAACUUGUUCAAAAUUCAAUACUCUGUGAAUUGGGAAGAUCCUUCUCCUAGUGCGGCUACGAAUUUCACGAACGAGGCUAAGAGGUUGUACAGUUACAUGACUCCUUUUGUGUCCAAGAGUCCCAGAAGCGCCUUCUUGAAUUAUAGAGACCUUGACAUUGGGGUCAAUAGCUUUGGUGAGAAUAGCUUCCAAGAAGGGGAGGUUUAUGGAAACAAGUACUUCAACCACAAUUUUGAGAGGCUUGUCAAGGUUAAGACUGCGGUUGAUCCUCAAAACUUUUUCAGGAAUGAACAGAGUGUCCCUGUGCUUCCGAGCUAAACGUACCACAAUAUUGCUCAGUGCUUUCUUAGUUGUUACCUUUUUUUUCUUUUUUUCUUCAUAUAAUUAAUUACUUCUGAAUGGUUCUCCACUCCAAUACUCCUAUAGGUCCGUGACACCUUUCGGUCAUUGAUUCGAUUUUUAUAGCAUUCAAUUUCAAAGUUUGGAUACACAUGUUAGGUAUCUGCGUACGGUUAUAUAUUUAUUUUAUUUGUUCUUUUC